CGACUAGGUGAAAGUUUUUUUCGCUGCUCCCCGAAUUUCGCCAGGUCAUGGUGCCAGCCUGACUGAGAAGAGGACGCUCCCGGGAGACGAAUGAGGAACCACCUCCUCCUGCUGUUCAAGUACAGGGGCUUGGUCCGCAAAGGGAAGAAAAGCAAAAGGCGAAAAUGGCUAAAUUCGUGAUCCGCCCAGCCACCGCCGCUGACUGCAGUGAUAUCCUUCGGCUGAUUAAGGAGCUGGCAAAAUAUGAAUACAUGGAAGAGCAAGUAAUAUUAACUGAGAAAGAUCUGCUAGAAGAUGGUUUUGGAGAGCAUCCUUUCUACCACUGCCUAGUUGCAGAGGUCCCCAAGGAGAACUGGACCCCGGAAGGACACAGCAUUGUUGGUUUUGCCAUGUACUAUUUUACAUAUGACCCGUGGAUUGGCAAGCUGUUGUAUCUUGAGGACUUCUUCGUAAUGAGUGAUUAUAGAGGGUUUGGCAUCGGGUCAGAAAUUCUGAAGAAUCUAAGUCAGGUUGCUAUGAAAUGUCGCUGCAGCAGCAUGCACUUCUUGGUGGCAGAGUGGAAUGAACCAUCUAUCAACUUCUACAAAAGAAGAGGUGCUUCUGAUCUGUCCAGUGAAGAAGGAUGGAGGCUCUUCAAGAUCGACAAGGAGUACUUGCUAAAAAUGGCAGCAGAGAAGUGAGGAGUCCUAGUGUAGGCAAUGACAAGUUCCAUUCUAUUUCGAAUAAAUACCCAGCUUCUCUUGCUUUCUGUCCUGUCUGUAGUGGAAUAAUAGAGUGAGCUCCCAUUCCAAAGCUUUAUUACCAGUGGCGUUGUUGCAUGUUUGAAAGGCAGUCUGUUGAAAAUGGCAAUUUCAUGUGCAGUUUGGAGUCAAGACUUCUCCUUGAACAUCUUUUGAGAAACAAGGUGGUGUGAUCUUUAUAUAUGAAAACAAACAAAAAAUAACUUCAUUCUUGUGAGUCAUUUAAAUGUGUACAAUGUACACACUGGUACUUAGAGUUUCUGUUUUGAUUCUUUUUUAAUAAACUUCCCUGUGAUUUAA